AUGAACGCACAACGCAGAGCUGCAGCAAAACCGAUGACUGCGACCGUGACCAGAAAGCGUGAUCUUAAUACUGGCUCUGCUAGAGGCAGCGAGGAAAGAACAGCCCCUACAGCGCCAACUCGCGGAACCAAACGCGGAAGAGAGUACGAAGGAAUUGACAAGGUCAGUAAAUCUCUUUAG